CCAACAAUGAGAAGCCUUCUGGUGUUGUGUGGGCUCGUGGCCCUCGUGGCCGCCGUCUCCUCCCGGGAGAUCGGGGCCAAGGGCGAUGCUGAUCUGGAGGUGGCGGCGUCUCACCACCACGGCCACCACGGUGGACACCACGAGGGCGGUGGCCACGAGCAUCACGGUGACCAUCACCACGAUCACGAUCACCACGACCACAAGGGACACAAGGGACACCAUGAGCACCACCACGGACACAAGGGCCAUCACCACCACGAAGGUCACAAAGGUCACCACGGUGAGCACGGCGGCCACAAAAAGCACCACCACCACGACGAGGGCUACCAUCAUCACCACGGCCACGGAGAGAAGGGCCACCACGGGCACGGGCACGACGAGCACGGCCACUGGCACAAGGGCCACGACACGAAGGGCCAUCACGGCAUCGAACACCACGAUGAAUUCAAGAAGGACAAGCACUUCCACGACCACCACGGCGAGAAGGGACACCAUUCGCACCACGGCGGUCACCAUCAUGAGGGCGGUCACAAGAAGGGCGGUCACUUCCACCACGGCCACAAACACCACGAUCACCACGACCAUGACCACGGCAAACACGGCCACCACGAACAUGGAGGACACCACCACCACCACAAGGGACACCACGGAGAGGACGGCCACCAUGAGCAUCACCACCAUCAUCAUGACCAUGGCAAGAAGGGCGAACACGGCCACCACAAGCACUGGCACCACAAGGGACACUAA